AGGCAUACAUUCUUCACAAGCACUCCUUUUGAUCAUAUUUUGCCAAGAGCCUAAGCCAAAUUAUAGGGUUUUUCUUUAAAAAUCAUGGAUCAAAGAUUGUUCAGAUUGUUCGAGGCUGCAACACUGGGAGAUGUUGCAGAAUUAAAGGCUUUACAAAAUGAGGAUAAACUUAUUCUCAGGAGGGUGUCUUUAUCGUCUACAACAGAAACACCACCUCAUGUUGCUUCACUUGCCAGACAUGUUGAUUUUGUGAGAGAGAUCAUGAAGCAGUUGCCUUCAUUUGCGCAAGAGCUUAACAAAGAUGGUUUUGCCCCAAUUCACCUGGCAACGGCUGCAGGGCACUUAGAAGUAGUAAGGGAGCUUUGGAACAAGGGGGAUUCCGAUCUAUGUUUGUUGAAAGACAAAGCAGGGAGAACGUCACUCCACCAUGCAGCCAUCAAAGGGAGGAUCCAUAUCAUGCAUGAGCUGUUAUCAAGGUGUCCUCAUCAAAAAGCCAUGGAGCAAGUGACCCCUAACGGGGAAACUGUUCUACACUUGGCAGUGAAGAACAGUCAAUUUAAAGCGUUCAAAGUCCUGUUUGAAGCAUCAGAAAAGCUAAAGGAUCAUAAGGGGCGAGUAAAUGCAAAAGAUAAUAAAGGUAAAACAGUCUUUGAGAUUGCAAAUGCCACAAAUCAACUUCAGGUAUCAAUAUCAUUUGCUGCAGUUCUCUUUGUUAAUUCAAUUAUUAAUUCCUUCAGUGCAAUUUCCAUUUUUUUGGAUAUUACCAUGAAUAUUGAAUUCAAAGAAUGAUACAAGAACAUUAAGGUAAAAAUUAACGUAAAAUUUUGGA